CUUCUCCUCAUCAGCUGGAGCUGCUGGCGGCUGACAGGGAAGCACCAAGGGUUGUGAGUCGUCUCUUCUGCAGCCCAAAGGGUGUGAAACUGCCAGAAUGGCCACAGUGCAGUCGAUGCUGCUGUUAGCGGUGCACGUCAUGCUGAUCUCGGAGUUCAUCCUGGCGAAAAGAGACUACUACGACAUCCUGGGGCUUCCCAGAGACGCCACUGACCGGCAGAUCAAAAAGGCCUUCCACAAGCUGGCCCUGCAGUACCAUCCCGACCGGAACAGGGAGCCGGGGGCAGAGGCCAAGUUCAGAGAGAUAGCAGAGGCGUAUGAGACGCUGUCAGACGAUAAGAAGAGGCAACACUAUGACCGGUUUGGCCAUGACGCCUCAACCGGGGAGAGCAGCGGAGGAGGAGGAGGCGGCGGUGGGGACUAUAACUUCAGACAGCACUUCCACUCCUUCAACUUUGAUGACAUUUUCAAAGACCAUUUUGGUCACCACGAACAGCAGCAGCACCACCACUUUCACUCCCACCAUCAGGCUCACCAAAAGAGGCACUUUGACAGCCACUUCCAGGCUCACCGGGAGGCGGCCAACAGGCAGAGGAGGGCGUUCGAGCAGGGGGACUUGGGCGGAGGACUCUUUGAUGACAUGUUUGAGGACUUGGAGAAGAUGUUCUCCUUUAACACGCACACUUCCAGGACUGACGGCAGAUUUCAGGGCGCGGGGAAGCAGCACUGCAGGACGGUGACUCAGCGGAGGGGGAACAUGGUGACCACCUUCACCGACUGCUCCUGAGGCCGGAAGAAACGGGAAAUCACACUUCACGGGGCAGCCACUUUACACACUGCAGGGUUUUUAGUUGUGGUUCUGAAACUGACUGCUAACUUACCACUCGGUGGACGACAUCUGGGACCUCGAACGGGUUGACGCGAGUUAACAAGAAUAGCAAAAUGAUUUAAUAUUUUUUUUGUGUGUGUGACUUUUCGUAAUUAUCUGUAUACUCAUCUUUCAACAAAUAUCCAAGCUAGUUUGAUAAAUGACUGCUUUCAAGCAAUAACUUAAUAUUAUUGCUUAUAAGUCUUAGGAUCAUUCAGAUACCUCUCUUUGGUUUAGCUCUCCUAGUUCACGUUGUUUAUUUGGGGUGGUACAAUCUGAUACUCAGGUGUGGCCUGUGGUUUAAAAAAAAACAGCAGUUUAUUACUUCUUCAUUUUAGGGCAUUGAGGCAAUAAGAGCUGUUGGAAACAACCAUUAUGAUAUUGUGAGAGCUUCAUUCUGAACCAAUUUAGGCCAUACUGUUUUUGUUCUAUCAAAGCCAAGAUUUGCUUUUGCACAUUUGUAUAAUUUCUUUAGAUUUAAAUGUCAAUGAAUUUGACAGCUGUUGCAUAACAUUGUGCUGCAGUUGCCUCACAUGGUAGAAGAAUAUUGUGCAGGUUGACCAUCAUCAACUGUUACCUCAUUUUUAGUUGCUUCAGACAGAGUUGCAUCUACCUUCACCGAGUCAGGGCCGGAAAUCAACAUCAGUCCCAUGACAAAUACUAGCAAGCAUGUUUUGUCACUCAGCUGUUUUACAAGCAGCUGUUGUGAAUAUUUAAAAGAAAAAAAGGAACUGAGUUCCUUUGCCAGUCAAGCUGAAUGGUCUGGUCUGAAAAGUUAAGUUUCCCAAACUGAUGACUGUGCAAUAUUUAGCACCUUUGCUCUUUACGUUGCCUAUAUUUCAACGAGAGUGCUGUGCAAAUGCUAUCGUCUAAUGCCUGCACUUCGUGUGGUGUGUUUGUGUGUGCAGAGUGCUGAUUGAAUGUUUGAGUGAUAAAAGUAUUACAAAAGCAAGUAUCUGUGAGGUGAUUUUUUUUUUUUU